AAUGCGGCAGAUAAACGCAAACAGUUCCAACCGUCCAACCUCGGAACCUUUUUCAUUGCCAAAAUGCCCUGCCUUUCCCAGAUGCCAACUUGUCUUCUUCCUCGCCCUCAUACUCAGCCAUGUCUGCUCCUCUUUCCUCUCGCUCGCAUCGUAAUCCUUCGAUCUUCUUCUACCAUGGCGAGCUUUCAAGCUCUUAGCUUUAGAAACUUCUGUUCGAUAUCUUUUGCAAUAUUUUUCGGAGUACUAACAACCAUGAGUGUCACAGACUCUCUGAAAGAUUGCAGUUCCAACACUGCAGGCCUUGUGAUCCCCACAACCCCUUUGGUACACUUCCUUGAGCGUGUCCAGGAAACGGCUCUGAGCACCUUCGGAGAAUCACAGUUUGACCCUAAGCCUUACGUUGACAUGUCACUGAAGUUCGACUUGUCAACGGCUGAGGCUGCUUUUGAUAAGCUUCCAAAAUCCGAAAAUGGGUCAAUUUCAGUCGAGGAUCUAAAAGGGUUUAUGGAAAAGUACCUUGAGGGUGCAGGGGAUGAUAUGGUGUACGUUGCGCCAGUUGAUUUUGUACCGGAACCGGAGGGUUUCUUGCCAAAGGUGGAGAAUGCGGAGGUGAGGGCCUGGGCUCUGGAGGUGCAUGGUUUGUGGAAGAAUCUCAGUAGGAAAGUCUCCGAUGAGGUCCUGAAGCGGCCGGAGUUGCAUACUCUACUCCCUCUGCCAAAGCCAGUCGUGAUUCCUGGUUCACGAUUUAGAGAAGUCUAUUACUGGGAUUCUUACUGGAUCAUCAGGGGAUUGCUGGCAAGUAAGAUGUAUGAGACUGCAAAAGCAAUUGUGACUAAUCUUAUUCACUUAAUAGAAGAAUAUGGCCAUGUCCUUAAUGGUGCAAGGGCUUAUUGCACUAAUAGAAGCCAGCCUCCUCUCCUGAGUGCUAUGAUUCAUGAAAUCUACCGUCGGACUGGAGAUGUUCAAUUGGUUAAAAAAUCUCUCCCUUCUCUGGUCAAAGAGCAUCACUUUUGGAGUUCAGAAAUACAUAAGGUGACCAUUCGAGAUGCCCAAUCUUACAAUCACACUUUAAAUCGAUACUAUGCAAUGUGGAACCAACCCAGGCCUGAAUCUUCAACCAUUGACAAGCAAUCUGCUUCCAAGAUCACAAAUAUUUCUGAAAAGCAGAAAUUUUACCGUGAAGUGGCCUCGACCGCUGAAUCUGGCUGGGACUUCAGCACAAGGUGGAUGAGGAAUCACUCGGGUCUCACAACAUUGGCUACAACAUCAGUUUUACCUGUUGAUUUAAAUGCAUUCAUACUCAGGAUGGAACUAGACAUUGCCUUCUUGGCAAAAGUUACUGGAGAUGAGAGAACUACAGAGCACUUCUUGAAAGCUUCUCAAGCCAGAAUGAAGGCAUUCAAAUCUAUUUUCUGGAAUUCAGAGAUGGGGCAAUGGCUUGAUUAUUGGCUUAAUGAUAGUACAUGCCAGGAACCUCAAAAUUGGGAAGCCUGUAACCAGAAUCAGAAUGUAUACGCUUCAAACUUCAUUCCUUUAUGGAUUGAAUCAUUUUAUUCAGAUACUGCCCUGGUGAAGAAAGUCAUGAAAAGCUUCCAAAGUUCUGGCCUGCUUUUUCCUUCAGGGAUAGCAACUUCUUUGGCAAAUUCAGGACAACAAUGGGACUUUCCAAAUGGUUGGGCCCCGCUUCAACACAUGAUAGUUGAAGGUCUAGCAAGAUGUGGAUCAAAAGAAGCAAGGUCAUUGGCUGAAGACAUUGCUGUGAGGUGGCUCAGAACCAACUAUGUUGCCUACAAGAAAACGGGCACAAUGCAUGAAAAAUAUGAUGUGGAAAAGUGUGGAGAAUUUGGAGGUGGUGGUGAAUAUGCACCCCAGACUGGUUUUGGCUGGUCAAAUGGAGUCGUUUUGGCUUUUCUGGAGGAGUUUGGAUGGCCUCAAGACCGGAAGAUACAUUGCUAAUCAUCCAUAUAGCAAGAAGCUAGCCAGCAGAUAAAAGCCUUUAAAGCAACAAAUACCAGUGAUUUUGUUUCAUAAUCUUGAAAUAUUUAUGCUAUUGUGAAGACUGAAUAAAGUUCUCAAAACUUAUUCAUGAAAUUCCACAGGAUCGGAGCUUCACUCACAGUGGAGAAUUUAAGUUCAUGCA